AUGGUCGCUCCUUUUAUGGACGAUGUUGUCGCAAAAUGUCUUGCACGUCCACUUAAGGAUUCUGAUAAUAUUUGUAUUCCUCAUUGGACAGAUUCUGAUGAUACUACUACACAUACUAUUGAAAAAAACUCUAUUGGAGAUUUUAUUCUUGGUUAUGUUGGUAAAUAUCCUAAAGAUUCUGCUCCGGUUGACUUUCCUAGACGUGGUCUUAACAUGAUUUUCAAUCAUUAUUUCCGUGAUGAAAAACUUGAUAAACCUAGAGAUUUGACUGAUGAAUCACUUUUCCGUGUUCGUUGGGAAAAAGACUAUUUUACAUCUGCUAACCUUUCUGCACAGUUUGGUGACCCUGUUGCACUGCCGCUUUCAGGCUUUGCCCCUAUCACUGACUUUUUGCGUCAGACCGGUUCAGGUCUUGCAGAAUAUAUUAGUCCUACUCCGGUUCUUAAAGGUACUAUGGGAGAUUCUUUAUUUUUAACUAAUAGUUUGGAUUCUCCGGCUAGUUACGGCCACGGUGUUUCCGCUACAACUUUUGUUGAAACUGCUACAUCUACUCCUAGUCUCAAUUCUGCUUUUUUUGCUGGAAAUGGUUAUAAUAACGGUAAUAAGCCUAACGAUUUUGAAGGUGCUAUUGUUGGCGGUAUGUGGAAAAACGGUGUUCCAACUCCAUCUUUUAUCGGUGCUAUGCCUGAUUCGCGUUACGAUUCACAAAAUCCGUCUACUUAUGUGUCUACUUAUUUAGGCGGUGCCGUUGGUCUUGCUAAUCAGUUUGGCGGUGACCUUAGUUCUUAUCUUGGUAUUUUCGGAGUUAAUGAUUCUGAUGUAUUUGAACAUACAGGCAAUACUUUGAAAUAUUCAAAAGAAUUGUUUGCAAAUAGGCAAAUGCCUAGACAGUUAGUAGCAGAUUUAAGUCGCGCUGGUACUUUUGAUAUUUCGGAUUUACGUCUUGCUAAACAGUUACAACAUUGGAAAGAAUUGGUAAAUGUUUCCGGUUUGCGUUAUACUGAAUAUUUACAGGCACAGUACGGUGUUCACCUUAACGAUGAUAGAGUUCAAGAACCUAUCUAUUUAGGUUCAACAAAAACUCACAUUGUUUCUAAUACUGUUAUGCAGACUGCUGGCGAUACAGAUACAGAAAAUCCUACUCCUAUCGGUACUCGAUACGGUUCUGCCUCUAAGUCUUCCGGUGGUAGAGUUUGUACUUUCCAUGUUAAAGAACAUGGCUAUAUUUUUGGCCUUUUCUUUAUUAAGCCUAUGGCAAAUUAUGCACAAGGUAUUAACAGACAGUUCAUUAAAAACAGUUGGUCUGAUUUCUUUAAUCCUUUGUUUACUAACAUUGGCGACCAAGAGAUAUUUAAUGAAGAAAUAUUUGUUGAUGAAAGUAGUGACUCUAACAAUAAAGCUAUUUUUGGCUUUCAGGCUCGCAACAAUGAAAUGAGAACAAAACAGAAUAUGAUUUGUUCUGAUAUGCGUGAUACUCUUGCCCAUUAUCAUUUUACUCGUUUCUUUAGUGAAUGCCCUAACCUUAAUAGUCAGUUUAUUGAGUGUAAUCCGGAUUCUCGAGUUUUUGCCGCUCCGGAAGAACCUCAUUUUAUUUGUCAGUUUGGCAAUAUUGUAACUGCUAUUCGUCCGAUUCCGGCUUUGGCCGUACCAACACUUUAG